ACUGAACAUGCUAUCGCUCCCGCUCCCGCUGCUGCUCUUCGGCUUGGUCUUUCGCCCUUUCGUUGGGGCUGCCAGCUUCUGCACGAAGGCUGAUCAAUGCGCCUUGGACGCCAUCUCUCAGGCACCGGCUGCCCAGGCCCGUUACGAUCACACACGUAUCUAUAGUGUGGAGCUGGCGACCGCCACUCAAGUGGGCAUCAUGCAGGCGCUGGAGGAGGCUAGCGACUCCUGCGGCUUCAUGGGCCAUGCGCGCAUGCCCGGCCAGAAACUGACCAUUAUGGUGACGGGCCACAAGGUGGCCGACUUCGAUGAUCUGCUGCACACCUACAACAUUAGCCAUCGCAUAUUGAACUACAACUUCCAGGAGCUCAUCGAUGCCAACUAUCUAGAGGUGGCGCCAGAGAAUACGCCGGCGGAAGAGUUCGAUUGGAAGCGUUACUUUCAGCUGGACAACAUCUAUGGCUGGCUGGAGAAGCUGGAACGGGAUCACCCGGACGUAGUCAAAGUGCUGGACAUGGGCUUGAGUACUCAGGGCUUGCCCAUCAAGGGGGUGAAACUGGCCUUUGGGGGAGAGAAUCUGACCAGUGUGUUCAUCGAAAGCGGCAUUCAUGCACGCGAAUGGAUCGCCCCAGCCACUGCCACUUACUUUAUUGAUCAGCUGCUUCACUCCAAGGACUCGGCCGUUCGAGCUCUGGCCCGCUCCCAGAACUGGUUUAUCUUUCCUUCGGUAAACCCCGAUGGCUAUCGCUAUAGCUUCACUGGGGAUCGUAUGUGGCGCAAGAAUCGCCAGAUCUUUGGCAUUUGCCGUGGCGUCGAUCUGAACCGCAAUUUCCCACUGAGCUGGAACACCACAGGCGCCAGCGGCAAUCCCUGUAAAUAUGACUUCUCUGGCCCAGCUGCCGCCAGCGAGGUGGAAACGCAGCGCAUCAUGCAGUUUCUGGAAACCCAUGUCGAGUCCGAGCGUAUUCGCACCUAUCUAUCGCUGCACAGCUACUCGCAGCUGAUCAUGUUCCCAUACGGCCACACAGCGGAGCGUGUGGAGAACUAUGCGGAUCUGAAGGAGAUUGGCCAACUGGCUGCGGCGCGCAUCAAGGAGCUGACGGGACGCGUUUACAAGAGUGGAAGUAUCUAUGAGACUAUCUAUCCCUCUAGUGGUGGCUCCAAGGAUUGGGCUCACAGCCAACUGAAGGUGCCAAUCACCUUCACGUUCGAGCUGCGCGGCCCGCCAGACAGCCAGGAGAUGUUCAUCCUGUCGGCCAAAGAGAUCGAGCCGACGGCGCGCGAGGCAUUCGCAGCGGUGCAAACCAUUGUGGAGGAGGCAGCCAAACGUGGCUAUUAUCAGUAAAUCACACGAAAUUUGAUUUCAAAUGUUUAUGAAUUAUAAGAUUAUAAGAAUUGAGAGAUAAUUGUAUAU